AUGCCCUCUGCGUCCCCUGCGGGGCCCUCGACCUGGGCGUCCCCCAACGCCACCACGGCGGGGGCGCCAGCGGCCAACCUCAGCGCGCCCGAGAGGCCGCUGUUCCACCUGUUCGCCGUGCUGGACGAGGAGCUGCACGCCAGCUUCCCGGGCCUGUGGCUGGUCCUGAUGGCCGUGCACGGGGUCAUCUUCCUGGUGGGGCUGGCGCUGAACGGGCUGGCGCUGUACGUCUUCUGCUGCCGCACCCGGGCCACCACGCCGUCCAUCCUGUACACCAUCAACCUGGUGGUGACCGACCUGCUGGUGGGCCUGUCGCUGCCCACGCGCUUCGUGGUCUUCUACAGCACGCGGGGCUGCCUGCGCUGCGCCUUCCCGCACGUCUUCGGCUACUUCCUCAACAUGCACUGCUCCAUCCUCUUCCUCACCUGCAUCUGCGUGGACCGCUACCUGGCCAUCGUGCAGCCGGAGGGCUCCCGCCGCUGGCGCCAGCCGGCCUGCGCCCGGGCCGUGUGCGCCUCCGUGUGGCUGGCGGCCGGCGCCGUGACGCUGUCCGUGCUGGGCGUGACGGCCAGCGGCGGGCCCUGCUGCCACAUCUUUGCGCUGACCGUGCUGGAGUUCCUGCUGCCGCUGCUGGUCAUCAGUGUGUUCACGGGCCGCAUCAUGUGCGCGCUGUCACGGCCGGGGCUGCUGCGCCAGGGCCGCCAGCGCCGCAUGCGGGCCAUGCAGCUGCUGCUCACCGUGCUGGUCAUCUUCCUGGUCUGCUUCACGCCCUUCCACGCCCGCCAGGUGGCCGUGGCACUGUGGCCCGAUGGGCCACGCCACACCAGCCUCGUGGUCUACCACGUGGCCGUGACCCUCAGUAGCCUCAACAGCUGCAUGGACCCCAUCGUCUACUGCUUCGUCACCAGCGGCUUCCAGGCCACCGUCCGCGGCCUCUUCAGCCGGCGUGGGACAGAGCGCGAGCCCGCCGUUGGCGAAGUGGUCAGCCUGCGCAAGGGCUCCAGGGGCUCGGGCCACCAGCCAGCCCUCGGCACCGGCCCUCGCGCCCUCACGCAGGCCCUGGCUAAUGGGCCCGAGGCAUAG